UGUCAAAACCCGACUAUCUCGCCUCCUCUUCCGAGACUCACGCAACAUUCACCCCCGUACUCAUAGCUGAUUUCAUUUAUACCGUCAAAAUGGAGAAGCAAGGUGGUGAGUAUCAUUUCUUCAUUUCAAUCCAAUGCGCGCGGGAUAUGCAAUCGCAUUUACUGUCACCAUGCUACUAGAAUAGACGGCGCAUACACAGCUUCACCCAGCUAACUACUCCCCAGUCCCCAUGAACCAAUACCCCACGUCCCCCGACGUCGCGCACCAGCAACCCCCCACCUACCACCAAGACCCCAACGCGCAGGCGCAAUUCCAGCAAGGCCAGAUAUACCAGCAACCCACGGGCCAAUCUUACCCCGGGUCCCCGCCUCCCCAGCAAUAUGUUUCCACCCCUCCCCCCCAGCAGGAGCACCAGGGCCAGUUCGCGCCCGGCGUCGAGCAGAAGGGUGCCAUGCACGCGCCCCAGAACCCGGGAAUGCCCCCGCAACAACAGAGUGGGACAGUCUACCAGAACGCGGUGCCGCUCAUGAACCUCAACCGUUCGUCUGCGCCUGUUGAUUGCCCGGCAUGCGGACAGCGCGCCAUGACGACCACGCAGUUCGAGACGGGAAACACCACACACGCAUGGGCCCUCGGUCUCUGCUGUCUCGCCUGCCUGGGCUGCAUCCCCUACAUGAUGAGCAGCAUGAAGGAUGUCCAGCACAAGUGCGGCCGCUGCGGCGUGCUGCUUGCGACCUGGCACCGCAGCGGUACCACAGAGCAGCACAUCCACUCGUAGAUACUCGCACACCGGGAUCCAUUAAUCUAUAACGUACUGUAUACCACACCAAAACCGAGGCGCAUGGCGGGCAGCGCGAAUUGAUAUUGAUACCACUGGGACUGGACGGGGGACGAGGCGUUUGUCGUUUUGCUGCGCGAGAGAUUGGGGAUGGG